AUGGCGCACCCACCCACCGCAGCAAACCUCGCCCUCGGCACGACGGCAGAAUCCGAAGCGUCUGCCACUCCGCCGCCUGAGGGCCUUCAUGUCGACGAGAUCAACCGCGAGGGCCAGCCCGUCGCUGUCGUAAGAGACGGGGACAAGAACGUCGUCUUCCCCUCCUACAUACCUCCCGAGAUCGAUUCGCCCAAUGCCCGAUCGCCGCACGCAGCAACUCCCGCCAAGUUACCUGAAGUGUCGCCAAAAGACAGAGAACCGCGGAAGUCUCCUUCUUCGCCGAACCACCUAGCCCCCGAAGGCCCUGAGCCGUCCGCAUCGACAAACCCCCAGCAUCGCCCCACCGUCGAUCAGAGAUCAAGAACGGAUGCGCCAGCACGAAAAGCCGGGCCCAGCAGCGCAGGCUCCCGCCGUACUCCCAAACGCGCGGGAACAUCCUACCUGGACAGGGCUCUAUGGGAGGCCAAAAGGCGUGAUUCGACCUCCAGCUCGAGCUCGAGCGACUCGUCAGACGAUGAUACCCAAGACACAAGUAGCCCCGCCGAGAAAAAGGCCGCCCAAGACAGGGCCAACGCAAAACGCCAAAAAGAAAUCGCCGACCGCUACCGCCGGUUCCACGUCGGAAACGAGAACUACAACACCAAGGGAAAGGUGAAGAAGGAUGGCCGUCUGCGCAUCUCGGUAAAGGAGACGGCAAACACCGGCUAUUUGGCCAAGGCUUUGGGCCAGGCCGUUAAGAAGGUCGUGCCGGUGCCCGAGGGCGAGGAGCGCGCCGAAGGCGACGACGACGACGAGCGUCCUUCCGUCUCCCGCCUGUCGUCCGCCACCACAGCCACGGCCGACCGUGAACCGGCGCCGCGACUCAACAUAGUCAUUAUGGUCAUUGGCUCGCGCGGCGACGCUCAGCCGUUCCUCAAGAUUGGCAAGAUCCUCAAGGAAGAUUAUGGUCAUCGCGUUCGUAUUGCGACUCAUCCUGCGUUCCGCGACUUUGUUGAAAAGGACUCGGGUCUCGAGUUCUUCUCGGUCGGAGGAGACCCCUCCGAGCUCAUGGCCUUCAUGGUCAAGAAUCCAGGCAUGAUUCCGACGCUCGACGCCGUCAAAGCCGGGGAUAUCGGGCGACGUAGAUCGGCCAUGGCGGAGAUGUUUGACGGGUUCUGGAGAGCUUGCAUCAACGCGACCGACGACGAGAAAGACGUGCACAACCUCAGAAUGAUGGGGGAGAAGGACCCCUUCAUCGCCGACGCCAUCAUCGCCAACCCGCCCAGUUUCGCCCACGUCCACUGCGCCGAGGCCCUCGGCAUCCCGUUGCACCUCAUGUUCACGUUCCCCUACACGCCAACGCAGGCCUUCCCCCACCCGUUGGCGAGCAUCAAGAAGUCCAACGUGGACCCGGGCUACACAAACUUCAUCUCUUACCCGCUGGUCGAAAUGAUGGUCUGGCAAGGACUGGGUGACUUGGUCAACGACUUCCGCGUCAAGACCCUCGGCCUGGACGCGGUUUCGACGCUGUGGGCCCCCGGAGCCACGUACCGUCUUCACGUCCCCUUCACCUACCUCUGGAGUCCUGGUCUUGUGCCGAAGCCCCAGGACUGGGGUCCAGAGAUUGACAUCUCCGGCUUCGUAUUCCUCGAUCUGGCCUCGACCUUCAAGCCCCCUAGCGACCUGGAGAAGUUCCUCGACGCCGGCGAACCGCCCAUCUACAUCGGCUUCGGCUCCAUCGUCGUCGAUGACGCCGACCGCUUCACCGAAAUGAUUUUUGAGGCUGUGAAGCUCGCCGGGGUCCGCGCACUGGUGUCCAAGGGAUGGGGCGGCCUUGGGGGGGACGAGAUGGAGGUGCCCGACAGCAUCUUCAUGCUGGAGAACACCCCUCACGAUUGGCUCUUCCCCCGGGUCAAAGCAUGCGUCAUCCACGGAGGAGCGGGAACCACUGCCAUCGCUCUCAAGUGCGGCUUGCCGACCAUGAUUGUGCCGUUCUUCGGCGACCAGCACUUCUGGGGCAGCAUCUUGUCGAAAUGCAAGGCGGGGCCUGAAGCUGUGCCUUACAAGCAACUCGAUGCCGAAAAGCUCGCCGAGGGCAUAAGAUACUGCCUGUCGGAUGAAGCCAAAGAAGCGGCAGCCAAGGUGGCCAAGGACAUUGAGCUGGAGGGUGACGGCGCGAAGAACGCCGUGAGGUCGUUCCAUCGCCACCUUUCCUUAUCCGGUAUCAACUCAAUGCGGUGCGCCAUUCUGCGAGAUCGCCCCGCAGUCUGGACGGUCAGGAAGACCAACGUCAAGCUAAGCGCCUUCGCCGCCGACGUCAUCGUUGAACAAGGAGAAUUGUCCUGGAAGAAGCUGAGGCUACUGCGACACACCGAAUGGAACGAUUUCGAAGGUCCCGGAGAGCCGGUGACGGGAAUAGCGGGUUCGAUUGCCGGAACCAUGGGCAACGUCUUUGGCGGAAUCGGAAGUGUGCCAUACCGGCUGGCCAAGACUUCCCACAAGCGGCGGGAGAAGAAGGAGAAGAAGAGGAAGCUGAGGGCGCUCAGAGACAAGCGAACAAGCGCCAAGAACCGAAACCCCCAAACCAACCGCGACCUCCACCAACAUGUCGAGAUCAGCAACGACGACCCGCAGACAAACGGCGACCGGACGGAACAGGGCAACGGAGACGGGCAAGAGGACGAGAAGCAGAAGAAGAAGGACGAUUCGAAAGAGCAGCCCCAGACAAAUGGCAACACGUCCUCCAGCAGACCCGGCGGCCAGGACCGUCGGGACACGAUGUCGUCGGUCGACACAGGAACCGACGUCGAAGACGCCGUUGACGAAUACGCCAACGAGGUUGGCGAAGGCUUCGGCAGGUCGGCCCAGGCCAUAGCGAAGGCGCCAGUGAACCUGUCCAUGGCAAUCGCACAGGGAUUCCACAACGCCCCCCGCCUAUACGGAGACGACACCGUCCGGCGGCCGCCUCGCGUCACAGGCAUCAGCUCGGGCCUCAAAGCGGCCGGCAAAGAAUUCGCAUACGGCAUCUACGACGGCACGACCGGCCUCGUGCGACUCCCUGUCAGAGGGGCCAAGAAGGAAGGUGUCAAGGGCUUCGUCAAGGGGACAGGUAUGGGCAUCACAGGAUUUGUCCUCAAAGACCUCAGCGCCAUUAUCAGCCCCUUCGGCUACACCCUCAAGGGCAUCGCCAAGCAGGUUGAGCGAAAGAAGCAGCCCGACAGGGUCGUCCGCCGGGCACGGCUCGUCCAAGGGCAACGCGAGCGGCGCCAGCAGGCGGCCGACGUCAAGAAAAACCUGGACAAGGAAGUCGUGGCGGGUUGGUUGACGAUCCGCGAGCUCAUGGAGACUCUCGAGGCGGAGGAGAAGAAGAAGGGCAUCCGGGGCAUGCUCCCAUCCAAGAAGGACCGGGUCAACAACGCUGCUUUCGAGAGCGUCGAAAUUGCCGAGCGCGCGCUCCAGGCAAUCAAGAAGGGCGACGGCAUGGACACGGUCGUCGGCACCGAGAAGGAGCUUCGCAAGACGGACGAGAAGCUCAAGAGUCGCGCCGCGAGGCACAGCGCCGAUACCCGACGAUCCGCGGAGGGGGAGGCGGCGCGCAAGUCCGCAGAGAGCCCGAAGGCGAGAGACGACAUCGCCGAGAACGAGGAAGGGGAGCAUCAGGCCGAGGCGGCGGACCGGGUCGAGGCGCGGGACAGGGCCAAGGAGGCAGAAGAGAGGGCCAGGUCCGGCGGAAAGCCGCAGGCGAACGGCGGAGCAGAGACGGGAGGACCCGCGCGGGCCGAAGGCGGACCCAGCCGGCCCAGCGUCGAUCGCGCGGAGACGGCUCAGGUUUAG